AUGAGGGUCCCUCACAUAGGCGAGAGCGUUAAGCGCCUGUGGGCCGACGUCACCCGCUAUGGACCGAAGCUGCCGGAUAUUAAGCUGCCUGGUCUGGGCGAAUUCGAGAUCCUACCUUCUCCGCCUCCGCCACCUCCCCCACGGUUUUUCUGGGACAGAUCGACGGAUUGGGUAGCGGACCAUCCGUUGACGGCUACUGGGAUAGGCGCUGGCGCUGUUGGCGCCACACUCCUGGUCGGUUAUAAGGGCCUCCUGGUACACCGUGGCAGGAGAACCGGGAAGGGAAAGCAUUCUAGUGAUAGGAAGCAGGUUGUCGUCGUGUUGGGCGGCGAUACUCCGCUUGCGCUGACGCUCAGCCAUGAGUUGAAGCAGAAAGGCUACAUCGUAAUUGCUAGCGCUUCUACUUCCGAUGCAGCUAGCGAGAUUGAGCACCAAAGACACGGAUAUGUGCGCGCACUCGUCCUCGAUCCCUUACUGCCCGACAGCGUGCCCAACUUCUUACGAUUGCUGGUGUCGGCGUUGUCAAGACGUUUUCCCAUUGAUGCUGGCGGUGACCCUCAUGCCUCACCGGCCUCGAUGCCCUACAUCCACUCGGUAAUCUCGCUGCUCGGCCUAUCUUCGCCCGCUUUGCCGCCACCCGGACCCCUCGAGCAUCUACAACUCGUACACGACUAUAUGCCGUACUUGACCACGACGCACAUUGUCCUAUUUAUGGUUGUGCAGGCUCUUCUCCCGCUCCUCCGCUCCUCUUCUCAUAUCAAUGGCAAGGGGAAGAAGAAGAGUGUCGUAUUUUGCGUUGCCGCCGCCGAUUCACAUGCGGGGCUUCCCUUCUCAGCCGCGAGUGCGAUGAGCGUAGCAGCAACCGCGCGUGGAGCCGAGGUCCUGCGUCUCGAGAUCGCCAUGGCGGCUGCUACGGGAGGCGCUUCGACAAUGAAGGACAUCAACGUCGUUGUGAUGGAUGUUAGCCACAUUCAGAGCCCUACGCCCACUCGUCGUCGCAUGCUCGGUCAUGAUGCACACAACGACCUGGAGUCAUGGACAGAGUCCGAACAGCUUGCAUACGGCCCGGCAUAUAAAGCCAUGGCUGAGCGGACUAAAUUCCCGGCGUCGUCUUCAUCGUCGAGAUCUAACAAAAAGCCAUCAAAGCCAUCCUCCUCUCCGGCUUCUCGUUCACGAGCACUGCCGACUGCCCCCUUCACAAAUCGGUGCACAUCCGCAGAGAUGUCCGCUGGCGAUGAAGGAUGUUCGGGAGACUCAGAGCCCGCGUCGCGACUCGCCGAUUCACCGCCUGCCGCGGGUGAGCCUGCCGCGUGCGCAGACAAUAUGGUGCCAUCGCCGUUCGCCGUCACACUCUAUUCAACAUCAUCCAGCUUGCUUUUCGAACGUGUGGCGGAGACCGUAGGCGCGGUUCGUGUUGCACCGAAGAAGGCUCGAAAUUGCCCGGCCUCGUGGCUGUUUCAAACGUCAAUCAAGAUGUCGCCCGCGAAGACGAUCUGGGCCUUGUACGAUAGGGGGAUGGACGACCUGAAUCUCCGAGUCGUCAUCAUCACUCAAUUCACGCACAGACGAUGCAGGAGAGGAUCCGGGCGGCAAUUCGUUCUUGGCAUCGAGCCCAAGUUCAAGCCGUGCUUCUGGCUCAGGAGUGGGAGGAUGGGCAGGCCCGGCAUGUUCAUCUGGGUCCGGAGUGUCGUCGAGAAAUUGCUGGGCAUGAAGGGCUGCCUUCGCGGCGCAAGCGCGAGCAGCUCCAGCGAGAUAAUUUAG